AUCACCAGCUGUUGUUGUUCAAGGGUAACCUAAUAUUUCGUUAGAGAGUCUUUCCAGUAACAGUAAGUAAUUUCAUUGUCAUCAUCUUAUUCUUGUUGAAGUGAGAUUAUUAGUUUAUGUGUGGUUCAAUACAAAUAUUUAUAGAGAAAUUCUGUUGAAACAGCAAAUCAAUGGCUGUUGUGGUUAAAGAAAAAGAAGAAUUUUCUUUUAUAGAAGACGAAGGGAAAAUAGGUUUCAUUGACUAUGAAGAUGAUAGAUCUGUGUGCAAUUACAACUUAGAGGAUGAGGGUCCUGUAAAAAUAUCUAUUCCAUUUCCUCAAGUCGGAAACAGGCCUCAAUCGGUGAAUGUUGGAGAAACUUAUUCUCAUAAAAUAACAUUGACGAACACCUCUACUGAAUCUUUGGAACUCUGGAAGAUAGAUAUUUAUGAUUCUAGCCCUAAAAACUCGUUUACUCUUUCUUUGAUGGAACCUCCUUCCGAAACUUCUGAUCCAGAAUAUGUACAAAGAUUCCGGGAAUUAUAUAGCUUGGAGGACAGAGUCUUACAACAAGGCAAGACAUUAAACGUUUGGCUGUCUUGCAAACCAAAGGAUAUUGGUUUGCACACGACAGCAGUGCAGUUUGAUGUUGAGGGUGAUAAAAUCGAAAGAUUGGUUUUUCUUUUAGCAGAAGAUAAGGUCUCCCAUUUGUUAACUUCCAAUAAACCUUUUCGUAAAGAUAAGAAACCAAGGAAUGGAGAUCUUUAUCAUCUAAAGAAUUAUGUACCUGGUGUACCACCUCCAAGGACUUCAAAUAGAUCUUUUAAAAAUAAGCUUCCAAUGUUUCCCAUUCCGAAAAAUAUGAGGGAGUUGUUAAAGGCGGAGCAGAUGCCUGAUUCUAUCAGAAUUGGAUUAUCGAAAGAUAAUUAUUCUCCAUUCUUCAGCGCCUUGAUGAUCAUGGAAGAGAUCAAAUUGGAGGAGAUAAUGAGGGCCUAUGAUAUGCAGAACAUCUCGUUUCGGAAGAAGGGACAUCUCCUGACCCUUGAAGUUCCAGGGCUUGCUGAGAGAAGGCCUUCAUUAGUUUACGGAGAUUUCAUAUUGGUUAAGCACAAAGAUGCUAAUGUGGUUACUACUCCAUAUCAGGGUCAUAUCCAUCGGAUUGAGGCUGAAGAAGUGUUUUUGAGGUUUGGAGAUGAAUUUUAUAGGCAUCAUGCGCCAGGGAACCUCUACAAUGUUCAGUUUAAUUAUAAUAGGGCGAACAUGAGAAGGUCAUAUCAGGCUGUUAAAGCAGCAGAAUCUUUGGGCAUUGAUUUUCUCUUCCCAUCGGAGUCCGAACAAAUGAGAGUGAUUAGGCCUGUUCAUGUACCAUCUCUGUCUUUGGCUUUAAACGAGGAACAGAAGGUUUCAGUCCAGACGAUUCUUGGUUGUAGAGGGGGGUCUCCUUACGUUAUUUAUGGUCCACCUGGCACUGGUAAAACUGUAACUUUAGUCGAAGCAAUCUUCCAACUCUAUACUCAACAGAGGAAUAUCAGGAUUCUUGUUUGUGCACCUUCAAACAGUGCUGCAGACCAUCUGCUAGAGGUGCUGCUUUCCUUGAAGGGUUCUCAACUUAAUCUAGACGACAUAUUCAGGAUGAAUGCUAUUGCUCGGCCUUUUGAGGAUGUUAAUCCAGAUAUUCUAGAAUUCUGCAUCCAUGAAGAUGGUGUCUUCAAAUGUCCCACUUUGAGGAGUCUCCAGAGUUUUAGGAUCAUAAUAUGUACAUAUAUGAGUUCAUGUCUUCUUCACGCAGAAGGCGUUCAAAGAGGUCACUUCUCUCAUAUUUUCUUGGAUGAGGCGGGACAAGCCUCUGAGCCAGAAACAAUGGUUCCUCUAUCAAACCUUUGCCUAAGGAGGACUGUUGUUGUUCUUGCUGGUGACCCAAAACAACUUGGUCCGGUCAUUCACUCAAAGGAGGCUGAGGAACUUGGGAUGGGAAUGUCAUUCUUGGAGAGGUUGUUUGAUGAAUGUGUGCACUAUGAAGGUGGAAAUAGAAACUAUGUUACGGAGUUAGUUCAGAACUACAGGUCUCAUCCGGAUAUUCUGCAUCUUCCUUCGGAAAUAUUCUACAACGGGCAACUGAUUGCUUGCAAAAGAAAUACAGGUUUCUCCACAACCGGACUAGACUUCCUGCCUAAUAAAGAAUUUCCCAUUCUUUAUAUUGGCAUACAAGGUUCUGACGAGAGAGAGGGAACCAACCCUUCCUGGUUUAACCGGUUUGAAGCGAGCAAAGUUGUAGAGAUCAUAAGAAUCCUCAAAGACAAAAACGUGGUGAAAGCAGAAGACAUUGGAGUAAUAACACCUUAUAGGCAACAAGUUUUAAAAAUAAAUAAAGCUCUUGAAAGUUUUGACUGCUCUGACGUUAAGGUUGGUAGCGUUGAACAAUUCCAAGGACAGGAAAAAGAGGUGAUCAUUAUAUCUACAGUCAGAUCAACAAUCCGACAUAAUGAGUUUGAUAGAACAUUUUGCUUGGGGUUCUUAAGCAACCCCAAAAGGUUCAAUGUCGCUAUUACCAGAGCAAAGUCCCUGAUGAUUGUUAUUGGGAAUCCACACAUCACUAGCAAGGACCCGUACUGGAAUACACUGUUAUGGUAUUGUGUGGAUGCUGGGUCAUACAUAGGUUGUAAUCUCCCAGAAAGAGAGCAGACUAUUUUGGAGAAUCGUAAACUGGUAGAAGAUGUGGACUAUGAAGAGAAACAGGAAGGAUCUGAAAGCGGGGAAGAGUCGUCUCAUUUGGGAAACCGAUUUCCUGAAAUGGACAACUUAAUGAAAGCAUUACCGGCUGUAGUAGAACCAUCACCACCACCACCACCAGUUUGUGAUCCUGUGACAAGACCAGCUGUAGUAGAACCACCACCACCAUCAGGCAGUGAUUAUGGUUUCAACAUACCAAAGCCUAUUUAUAAUGAAGACGAGUGGGAAGAUGGCUGGAAGGUGUAGAAGUGGUCAACCCUCACUCCAGAGUGUUUUGUUUGUAAUAUAUUAUAUGCUCUUUUGAUUAACAUUAACAACAUAUUUUUUAGGCUUAGGUUAGUUUAGCUCCCAUUGCUGUACUGAGCUUCAAUUUGGCUCAUUCGUCAAUCUUUAGAAUAGAUUUCGUAUUUAUUUUGAAUUUUAUUUUAUUAUUUCAAUAAUAACUUGUGAA